CAUUUUGGUAUGUUUGAGCGAUAUUAUUAAAAAACGUCAUUUGUACUUCAAGGUAAAAACAUACUUCGCAAAAUAAAUGCUCCUAUUGCAUGUUGUAGAAACGGGUGGAAUAGCUGUCUUGUGUAACGUAUAUGAUCUGCUCGAGCUCCAAAACAUCUCCACAAAUAUGUAUUUUUUGCAUUAUUUUGUCAAAAUAAACAAACUACUCACUCAAGUCGGCCUUCAAUACCAAACGGACAUUAUUGCCCACAAUAGACACGCGUUAUUUAAACCAAAUUAAUUUGACCUUUUGAAGAUUGUGUUGAUAUAGUGUUUCUACAUGCACUGAUGCACAAUACCCUCUCUAUUAUGUGAUCGGGUGAUCGACUCACACAGGACUUUUGUGGUUCCCCGAUUACAGUUUACGGACGAUGGAACUCUGCCAGAUAUAGACAAUACACCAGUCCUACUAUCUGGUCGGGUAUGUCUAGCUUCACUACAGCCAGGUACACCUCCUCUAGUCAUUCUUCCUUGUCAGGGGGCUGCCUGUACACAUUUACAGUUUGAUAUCGAGUGUCUAUUAUGGGAAAAUGGACCCUCAGAUGAUGAAGCAUACUCAGGUUAGCGAUGUAGGCCAUAUGGACCUCUUGUUUUUCUAUUGCAGAUAUAGGACGGACAAGAGGGUGUGAUGUCUUUUCCCUUUUAAUCUGAAUAAAAUGAAGUUGAUCAUUCCUUAGGAUACCACACCUUACCCAAACGUUAUAAAGGCACCCACAGCAUGGCUACACACCUACCUGCCGAGAUUAUAGAUAUUCAUAAUACCAUGGUUUUGGAAUUGAGUGAAAAUAUGACAGGUCCGGAGUUAAAGAAACUAAAACGUCUUCUUGAGGAUGAUCCACUUACUACGGCUGAUAAGAAUAGAAUAAAAACAGUACAAGAACUGUUUAUCUGCCUGAGGAAUAAAGCAUUCAUUUCCUAUGGAGACUACGACAAAUUAGUUUCAAAACUGAAACUAGUUAAGCCGUUACUGUGUUCAAUCGUAAAUCAGUACACAAAGGAUAUGAGCAAAAUACUCAAACCGGAACUGGAAAAAGAUACAAAAGACGAAAUAUCGAUUUCAAUGGAUAACACAGUAUACCAUACCAGAGAAGGAUCAGAAGCAGCAUUCGUCGAAUGUACGGUGAUUCCUGUACCAGAAAACAUUGUGUGGAAAAAAGGCAAAAGUGCACCAUUAAGAAAUUUAGUUCCUAUUGACAAUCGUAAAUACUUUUAUGGUCCAAAAGCGCCUACACUGGUGAUAAAACGUCCUAACAAAGCGGUAGAUGAAGCCCAAUAUCAAUGCACUGCAGAAGCCCAGGGAAAAGUAGCGGAUGGCAUUAUCGUACAGCUACAAUUUUCUGCUGACGAAACAAAAGUGAGAGAAACUACAACCAACAUUACACCGCCAAGUGAUGAUAACAGCACGCCGUCUGUAUCAGAGUCUGAACUGGCCCAGCCAAAGCGAGAAAGAGAGUCUAAUAAAGAAAACGAAAGUAGUGAACAAGUCUGCGGUAGUGAAUCCCAUACUGAUACAUUGCCUCGAGGACGGAAACGGCCCAGCAGAUUUUCCUUAUGUGAACACCAGUCACGGUAUGUUCAAUGUUCCCGUCGGGAAAACGGCCAUCAUCCAAACAUAUGUCAACGCAUCACCAGCCGCUACAUCAAUUCAGUGGUUUAAAUUAGAAGAUGAUGAGCACAUUCCAAUAGAAAUAGACAACAAAAUAUAUUUCGGAGGCUCUGUUCUUUCUCCCACAUUAAUCAUCCGCGAGACAAACAUCGACGAUCAAGGACAGUACAUGUGUACGGCUACCAAUAGUAAUGGAACUGGUUCGGGUAACAUUACGGUCCUGUCCGUUCAAUCGUGUCACGAGCUUACCUCCAAUCCAGAACCCACAGAGGCAGCCCUACAGUUCGCCGUUUCUGAAGACUUUUCACUCCAGAAGCAAAGAAACAUCAGAAAAACAACAGGUAAAAUCAGGGCCCUGAAAGACAUCACAAAACCACCUCCUAUCCGUAUCGAAAGUCGAACAACUUGUAACUACCAUGAAGGGAGCCAGCUUGACCUUUAUUGUGAACAAUGUAAUUACCUUAUUUGUUCUAAAUGUCUGUCUACUGAAGAACAUCGGAGUCAUACAACGUCUAAGCUUUGUGAUAUAACUCUGAAUCAGAAGGAAGAUAUUUUGAACUUUAUUGAAAAAACAGAGAAUAUUGAACUUGUACACAUUGACCAAUGUAUCGCCUCUACUGAAACACAACUAAAGGAAAACGCCAGUAACUUUGACAAACUUUCCGAGCAGAUAAAGAUUCAAAGCAACAUAUUAAAAGAGGAACUUGACCUCCUUGUAGCUCAGACGUUGUCUCUUUAUCAACAAAUGGCGGAUGAUAAUGCCCAAGAUACUCCAAAGCUACAAGCACAACCUGGAAAUAUACAGCACACAGCUGAAGCAAACAGUACAGGAAUGCAAGAUAGCACUUGGCCGUGGCUCUAACAUAGAAAUGUUCGUCGCGGGAUGUAAGAUCCACUCUCUUGUCACAUUCCCUGUUGAACCUAUUCUGGCUACUGCUAGCUUCAGUCCAACCAGAAAGCCUCAAAAGUACCUUGAAAAGGCUUUAGGAAUAAUGAAGAGUUCUAGACAAGAACAGGGUCAAGAGUCGCUAGGUCACGGACAUGCCCCACACCAGUCCUCAGAAACGGGAAAGAGUACGUCCGGAAAACAGCGGUUUAAGGGAAGAAUGAAAACAAAGAGUUUGGGAUAUACCUUGAUGACUACGGCCAAGUUAUUGCGGACGUGGGAAAAUCCAUGUGCUAUUACCUCUGUAUGUCCAACCACUGAUAGCCAGGUUUGGACCAGUGACAGUGGCAGUUUUAAUUUGACACUACUGGACAGUUCGGGCAAUGUAAUACAGGUGGUCAAAAACAAUACUCGAAUCACAGACAUAUGCCUUUCACCUAUAACCAACACACUGUGGGUCUGUGACUGGGAAAAUAACAUCACAGAGCUCGUGUCAGGACGACUAGUCCACAGAUUCAGUACCAGUGAUGAGCCACUGUGUAUUUGUGUUACAGCCAGUAAGAAUAUCAUUGUGGGAAUGCAAGGACAUAUCUCAAAGUUUACCACAAAAGGUAAAUUGGUCCUUACUACAUUGGCUAUUGGGACUGGGAAGCCAUUACUGUGUAAACCAUAUAGGUUGUCAGAGUGUCCGGUCACUCACAACAUUGCUGUGGUGAAUUUGUAUAACAUAUUUGGUUUUGAUGAAGGGAAAUCUUGUGUUGUUGUCAUGGACACAGAUUUCAAUGAACUGUUUACAUAUGGUGGUGAAAUACCUGAUGCCUAUCGACCAACUUCAUAUCAAGGCGAUGAAACAUUUGAACCUCGAGGUGUGGUGUAUGAUAGUGCUGGUAACCUAGUCAUAGGGGCCAGCUGCAAUAAACAUGUCCUACUCCUCAGUGGGAGUGGUGCGUUCCUUAGGAUCAUAUACACAGAUGACGACUUUACAAAGGCUGUUGCUGUAGACAGGACUGGUGUCCUAUGGACUCUGUUUGGACUUUGCAACAUCAAGCUGCUACGGUACCACAGUGCAAGAUAGCACGCUUAAAAUACGAAUAUCCAGUAACCAUGACAACUAACAAUUAUAGAAGGUUGGCUUUUGCCCUGAUGAUUGGACAAUAAACAAAAAAAUGUACGCCCUAUAAACUGAAAAUCAGAAAUAGAUAUGCUGAAUAUUAUUUGAAAUGUUGAAAAGAACACAAAUCAAUAUAUGUAUAUAAAUCAAAUUAUACUGAACUCGGUACAAACGAGUUCACGUUGACAAAGGUUUUAUUUGAACUACACAGAACCUUACGAUACUUGUAUAGAUUUUAUAUGACAAAACAUCAAUUCAAGUGAAACUUGAAAUAGCUUGAAAAAUAACCAUAUACAUUUGCCAAGCAUGACAUACAGCGCUUGGAAAAAAGUGUCAUCCUCUGAUAUUGUAUCGGAGAAUUACUACACUGUAUAAUGAAUCAUUAUUAGAUUUUUAGUUUGAAUAAUCUUGUAGAACGUUUUGUUUCCCGUUAUCAAUGUUAUGUAAAGAAAAGAUUAAAAUGUAACAGUGGAAUCUGGUAGGAUAUACUGAUGUUUUGCACUGUAUCGUCAAUAUAUGUUGCAGUUGCGUAAUAUUAUACGUGUAUAUGGUUUCCGUCAGUAAGCUUAAUGUAAACAAAAUACUGAAAUGUAACAGUGAAAUGUGAUUAUCGGAGGUAAUAAGAAUAUAACUAUAUAGGUAAGGGCUUCUCUAUAUCCGGAUCCAACAAUGCUCAUUUAUUGAAGAGCACUUAUAUAGGCUGGCCUGUUGUCCAGUCCAUUAUUUUAUAGCAAUACAAUUUUUGACUCGAAAUACUCAUGGUAGACAAAUCAGGCUUUUAGUUAAAGAAAAAAGAAUGACGGUCGCAUAAAUAAUUAACUUCUGAUUUCAUCCCUUCAAACUUUGGUUCAUGACCCUAUGCAAAAAUUUGACCUUUUUACCACAUGACAUUGAUAUUUAAGCAGAUGACUUCGAAGUGUUGUGAUUAUGUUGGUUCUCUAUUAUAACUUUAAAAUGUUUGUUACCAAUGACGAUAUAUAACACUCACCUUUGACCAAAUGACCUUUUUCAAAUAACUAAUUGUUUGAAAUUCAUCUUUGCUUUAUUAUGAAAUAAGAAAACAAGUAUUUCAUACGGGUUUAUUUAUCUAUUUAAGGAACAUGCGACUGUAUGGGCUGUAUAACACAUGAAAACAAUUACCCCCGAUCUUCGAUUUAAUGACCUUGACUUUUAGCUCACUUCUAGAUUUAUGGAAAUACGUUUCUGAAUGCCAAAUAAACUAUUUGCCGGGGAGAUAUAUAUUACCUGACAUUUAUCGUUUCUUAAUUGAUGUGCUGUAUUUCGUUUCAUGAUGUCACCUGACAAUAUUUUCCAGAUAAAAGACAAAAUAAGACCAGAAGACCUUGCUCACUGAUUCAUAAAUGGGUCAAUUGUUUUCUUAUUCGAUGUUAACAAACUUUCUUUCAUAAUCAUAAUUUGUCUUUCUCCGUAAUAUUUUAUUUUUGAUUUAUUUGGAUUAAAAUAUUCAUUGCAAACAAAAUAGUUUUAUUCUGUAAUAAACGAGGCUUUAUAAGAUUAAACAUGUUUGUGUGUU